AUGGGUGAAAGCGACAAGGAGAUAUUGGUAGAGCCUCAGUCUUCUUGCUUCAGUAGAAAUGAUUUUAUGUUGGACGAUUUUCAAGUCGACAAGUUCGUUGCAGAAUGCAAAAAGAUCGUUCCUUUAAACGUGUUUAAAAAAGAGCUGGAUGAGUAUUUGAGGUUGCUAAAGAAUGCACUCAUCGAGCUCAUUAACCAGGACUAUGCUGAUUUUGUUAACUUAUCCACCAAUCUAGUGAGUUUGACUUGUUAAUAAAAUAUGGUUCUAAGUUCUUAACUUCUUAGUAUAAAGUGUACAGUACAUAUUCUGACACAAGGUCAUUUGUUCGAGUAUGUGUAAAAUUUGCUGUUGGAAAUGCAGAUAGUAACCAAGAUGUUUCGGGUAUUUCAGAUACUGCCAUCCUGAACUACAUCUGUGUACUCCCCCCCCCUGAACUGCAUCCAUGUACUGUACUCCAUGCUGGAAAUCUAUGGUGCCAGACUGCAAAGUUGGUCAUAGUUGCCCCCCCCCCCCGAGAUAUUUUGUAGGGAAAAGUUUUAGCGCCCCUGGGAAGUGCUUGAUAUAAACAAUUUUCAAACUCAAAUCUGCCCCAGAUUUGGAAAUUGUUUUGUGCCCAUGCCUCUAGAUUUUUAGAUAUUGCAUCCCGAGAUCUUUUCAAAAACUGCCCAACUCUGCAGUCUGUCUAUUGUGUGCAGUUACAAAAUUGUUAGCAUCUAGCUAACUCAAUUAUUAAACAAAGCUAAGUUUGUGCCUAGGUUCAUUGUUCACCGCAGCAUAUAACCUGAAGAAUACAAAUUUACAGUUUAUGUAAAUUUGUUUAUAAUGUUACAUAUAAUUGGCUGCAACUUCAAAAAUUUCUUUUUUCUCAAGGUUGGAAUGGACAAAGCCAUCAACAACCUUACCGUUCCAUUGGGGCAACUGCGAGAGGAGAUUCUUGUGAGCAUUUGGAAAAAAUUUGUGCUAAUUUUAUGAACAUUUUAUGAACUAAUUUUUGUUUAUUUUCUACAACUUAGCAAUAUCUUACUUAGCAAUAUCUUACUUAGCAAUAUCUUACUUUUUACUCUAGUCCAUUCAAAAUGAUCUUGAUUCGACAAUAAAGUCAGUCGAGACAAAAUUAAAACAGCGAGCAGAUUUGCGUGAGAAAAAGGUGGGGUAUUAACCAGAAAUUAAUCUUGUAAUUAUUUUACUAUUAUAGAGUGUUAUAAUGUGUUUUACAUGAUAUUAACAAUUCCAGGUUUUUACUCAAAAUUUACUUAACAUCACUCACUGUAUGGAAAAAAUUGAGCGAGUUUUGAAAUCAGCUGGAAAUGGUGAAAAUGAGGUUGAGAAGGACAGGUAUACAAUGGCAAGAAUUACUUUUCAAAGUUAAAGUUUUCUGGAGAGAUUGUAUUGUCUUGACACAUAUGUCGUCCAUGUUAUACUGCAUUUAUAUAUAUAUAUAUAUAUAUAUAUAUAUAUAUAUAUAUAUAUAUAUAUAUAUAUAUAUAUAUAUAUAUAUUAUGCUUUCCGCCACCACACCAUGCUUCGCAAUGAUUCCUCAUCAAAAUGCUGUCACCAUGUUCCUAGCCAGUGUGGUUACAAGAAGCCUUCACCCCCUUGAACAUCCACCAUUUUGAAUAUUUUCAUAUUUAAGUGUACUGCCUAGGAACAUGGUGACAUCAUUGCAACGAUUACACCAAAAUUAUAGGAAAAACUAAGAAGUCAGCCUUCUGUAAGGUCUCUAUUCUGUGAUCAGAUCCUUACAACAACAAAAGUGUCCUACAGUAAAUAUAACACAUGUCUUGCAUGCUUUUUUACAGUUUAUUAUUUUUUAUUUUUUGCAUUAUUUCUUACCUUUUUGUCUAACAAAUGAUCAGUUCAGACCAGGCAGGACACUUGAUUGAGAGAGUGGCCAGCGACUUUAAUCAACUUCAGUUUUACGUCACACAAUGUCAGGGUCAUCCUUUGGUGGAAAAAAUAAGAUCGGUAGGUUAAUGGCGGUCUCAGUGGGUUAACUACCGGUAUGCACAUUUUCCUCUAAUUUCGAAUUCAAACUGGUUUCAUGUGUUUGGUUUCAUGAGUUUCACAAGGCAAAAUCAUUAAAAUUAAACAUUUGACUGUGUUAACGAUCAUUUUUCAACCACCAAAGCAUUGGUAAGCUAUACAUUAAACAAAAUAAUGCAUGGAUUUAAAGCAACAAAGUUUAAAGAACUGAAAUUUGCAGCAACAAAGUGGUCACAUGUUGGUAACCUAUAAAAUUUGCCCCUUAGUUUCCGCCACUGAAUUAGUUAUUUAGUUUCUAAGAAAUAAAUAACCAUAUGACUGCUCUGAAGAAAAAAAUUUGUACUACAAUUAUGUAUUGUAUAUUUUGUAUGAAAAAAAUUUGUACUACAAUUAUGUAUUGUAUAUUAUGUGAAGCAAAACACAUUCUUAUUUCUAUGUGAUUGCUCUAAAAUAUAUGUGACUGUUAUUUUAGCGUAUAUCAGGCAUCACCAGUACUCUACAGAAGAAUCUAGAGACGUCGUUUCAAGAAGGACUCAAACUUGGAGACACCAAAACACUUACGCAAUGUCUACGGACUUAUGCAAUCAUUGAUAAAAUUUCUUACGCCGAAAAUUUGUUCAGAACUUUCGCUGUUAAACCAUACAUGAAGGUAUACACUUGCAGUUAUGCUACCGCGAUGUAUAAACAAGCAUUGAACACCUCUUUAUAAGCCCAUUCAUAGUUGCGAAUAUCAAAGUGGAUAAAAGUUUUGUAAACUGUUUGUGUGCAAAGCCUAAUUACGCCCUAUGCAAAACAAUGAGUAACUAGAUGCUUGGAGAACAGUGGGUUUUCAAAACAAUGAAAAGAUAAUGGUAUAUUCUAAUCACUGAAUCGUGACAACUAAGUGUUUUUUAAAACCUUUGACCGUGAUUUGGUUAUACACAACAAUUUGGUUAAACAACCAACAAAUUAGUUGUAAAUCUGAGAGAACUACUUUGUUGUUGUUUUAACCAAUUUGUUCAUUUAUAAAUGCACCAUUGUCCUGUGGUAACAUUGGGCCAACGAAGGGAUGUCAUUACUGGAAUACUUUUUAGAACUGAUCUAAAUAGUCUAGACCACUAGCAGUUGACCUGAAAAUGAGCUCAUAUAUUGCAUCUGGAGGACAACUUAGGGGCUGUUUACAUGAGCCCUACCGGGAGGGCAGGCCCUAGCAGUAGGGCUAAUUUUCACCGCUUGUUUACACGAGAAAAAUCAGCCCUACUGGUAGGGAUAGCUUCCUUUCGCAAGUAGCACUUAAAUGGCUUCCGUGCGACUCAUUUUUAUUUUGGCGUCCAAAAUCAUAGUUUGCCGACUAAAUUUUGGAAUAAAAGCCAACAGACAUUUGAAUAUCCGUUUAGAACUACAUCCUUAAAACAAAAAAAGCUUCAAAGAGUUUAGUCUAAAAUCCAUUCGACGGCUUUUUCACUCAGCCCUACUAGGAGGGCCAGCCCUCUCUACUGCGUUUAUAUGAGAAAAUUCCAGCCCUACUAGGCGAGAUCUCGGGUGAAUAAUAGUGAGAUCUCGCCUAGGAGGGCUGGCCCUCUUCUCAUGUAAACGUAAACAAUUUUUAAUAAGGAUUUAGAAUAGCAAGCGGGGUCUCGCCUAGUAGGGCCAGCCCGCCCUCUAGGGCUCAUGUAAACAGCCCCUUAAACUCCAGGGGCCAGUACGUUCGAAGGUGGGUUAGCGCUAACCCUCGGUUAAAAUUUAACCUGCUGUUAUUGGGUUGUGUAUUUCUGCACGUCUGUUUAUUUCAGAAGGUCGGAGAAGAAAACUCCUACUGAUGCAGACAGGAUUGCUGAAUAAAUAUUUCCAAAUUUAUAGGCUGUUUGCUUUGGUUAACCAAGGAUUAAGCUGAUAUAGACUUUCGAUAAGCUAACCCUAGGUUAACCUAAUAUCCAAAGCAACCUUCCCAACAGCUUGUUGACAAAUUUGGAAAUUUUGUCUGGAUCAGUAGGAGUUUUCUUCUCUGAAGUUUUAAAAUAAACAGACGUGCAGAAAUGAAUUACAUAAACUAAAACAGCGGGUUAAAUUUUAGCCGAGGAUUAACGCUAAUCCAGCUUUGAGCAACCGGGCCUAGUUCUUUCAUUAUAAGCAAUUUUUUUCUAUUGGUCAAAAUAAAUUUAAACCCUUAAAGAUCAUGUCAAGUCCUUUCUGCGCAUCAGUUCUGCUCAUAACAAAGGGGGACCCUCAGAUAUAAACAUUGCCCAAAUUUUGCAUCUUUCGAACUUUUUUGAAUUGAAACGUACUCUAGUUUAUAUUCAUUUGAAUAGCGAACCAGGAAAGUGUUAGAUAUUCACUUAUUUUACAAAUAUAGCAGUUCAAAAUGUAAACAAAGGAUUUGAAAUUUAUUUCUAGAUUAUAACAGAACAAGCUCUACAAUCAAAUAGCAAAGGUCUUCAAGGACUAUACGAGAAUGUCUUAGAUUUUGUCCCAAACUACUGUAGCAAACUGAUCGACGUCACGUCCGGGAAAACCUUGGACCCCCACGACGGGUUGAGCGGAGACAUUACGCAGAGCAUCAAGGGAUACAAUUUCAUCGUGAAUUCAGUUUGGCCGGAAAUCGCGUCCGCAAUUCAGAAUAAUUUGACGUCGAUAUUUGCUCCUGGGGACCCGGAUGCAUUUCACAAGGUGCGUGGUUUCCUUUUGUCUCUGAGCUCAAUACUAUUACUGGAGUGUAUAAAAUUACGUGGUAUACAAUUACUGCUCUGCAAUUACUGGGUGAAAAUAUAAUACUAUAAUAUAGUAAUAAUAAUAAUUAUUAUUAUUAAUAAUAGUACUAUUACUGGGUGAAGUGUACGUGGUAUUUUACAUAAACUACCAGGACUGGUUGUUCAAAAGUCGAUUCGCUUAAUCCCUCUAUCUUCUGUACGAUGAUUGAAAGUAUACAGCUGAUUCAAUUAAGGUUGUCCUUCCAAAACCUUAAACUGUGAGCGCGCUAGGGAUAGAGGGUGUUCACCUAUUAGGCGCUUAAAGUGUUAAACUCAGAGAAUUGCCUUUGCAGCAAAUAUAUUUUCUGUUGUGAGUCUCCCAUACCAUUCUUGAAAAGCCAAAUUUCAAAGUUUAUGAGUUUAAAUAAGCAAUAACCCAUCAUCCUUUGCGCGCUCAGAGUUCAAGGUUUACGUUUUUGGAAGGACAACCUUAAUUGAAUUAGCUGUAAACUUCAAUGUUUCAAAUGAAGUCCUUGGUCACUCCGGAGGUAAAUGCAAGUUUUGCUGCCACUUGCAAUGCAAUUUCGGAUACAGAGCUAUGAUCAUGUUAUCUGUAAAAACUAGUCACAGGGAAAUUUGAGCACGGCCCGCUAGAUACGUAGCGACUGCUUACUUCCUGACAAAGUUUCUUCACUCAAAACGUCGAAAUAUAUUCAUUUCACAGGUAGUUCAGAUUCCCUGGUUGCCGAUAUCGACUUAUACUGCUGUUUUAGCCCAGUGUAUUGCAAACGGCAAUUUUAAAUUGCUCAUGGAAAAAUAAAGCAUUUUGAUUUUUGGUGGGUUACUAACCUGGAAAUAUCCGAGUGGUUUGAGCCGUCUUCGACUGAAAAUCCUGUAGUUUACAAGUUGUUCGUUCCUAAAAGUUGGAAGAACAAAAUUAUGAGUCUCAUAUACGAGCGACUUUACAAUUUCUAUACAGUUAGCGUGCAUGUCGAUAAGAGAUUAUUGCCUUGCGAAAAGUCGCCCAUGUUCAAACGACAUGACAUUGUACGCAUUUGAUUAGGGGUUAGCAAAAGCGUUUAAUUGUCGAACAUUUACCAGUUUAUUUGUUGCUAUUCAGCCUUUAGUUCAUGGAAGUAAUGUUAUGAGGCAAUAUUCUUCCUUAUUAUCCAAAAGUUCGUUGAAAGCUGGACAAAAAAAGAUAUUUUCAUAUCUAUCUUCAACGUUGUAACCUUUCUUUCAUGCGAGCCAAGAUAGUAUAUGUAAAUCAGUCACUCGCUCACAAAUUAUACAGGGUGUAUAAAAAAAACGCAACCUCGGAAUUUCCUAAGCAAUUCUUAAGCAUAAAAGAUUUUAGGCCCCUGGGAAUUAAAAUCGAAUUGCUAAUAGAUCAUAUUACUGUUGUUUUACUAUUAAAUAAAUGCAUAAAUUUUGCUUUAUGCACUCGCGUGUGCAGUAAUUUUGACGGUUGUGCUAUUUUAAAUUCCCAGGCACCUAAAAUCUUUUGUCCUUAAAACAAUGUCGAUUUCUUGGGAAAUUCCGAGGUUGCGUUUUUUUUAUACACCCUGUACAGGGUGUCCCGAGACAAAUAUACCUUUUGGAAUCAAGCCUUUGUUGGAAUUUGAAUGCCUUAAUUGUAAACACAAUUGAAUCGAGCACGCAAGCAAAGCCACAUAACAGAAAAGAGAGCUUGAAUGACUUUCCCCUUGAGGGUAUACAGUAUACAAAGGAUGAGAAAAAAGAAGUUUCUUUUGAAUUCUCGUCGUUGCUAACGGUUCGAUCCUUAAUUAAUUUGCAUUCUUUGCAUAUCUAGGCUUAUACGCUUGCAUCAUUACAGUUAAAACGGCUAAAGCCCUGGGCAAACUAGGAAGCAUUGUUGUGGAAACAAUUGUGAUUCUCGGAUGUUUCCUCAAAUGUUUCCCAGUUUGCCCACCCGUGGAAACAUUGUUGCGGAAACAACAUUUGCUUCCCAAGAAGCAAAAAUGUUUCCUAGCGAAUUCAGAAACAUUUGAUGUUUCCCUAUGUUUCUCACUAAUGUUUCCUAGUGUUUGCCCACUGUUGAAAACAUGGCGAAACAUUGGUAGGAAACAAUGUUUCCACAACAAUAUUUCCUAUAGUUUGCCCAUGCAGGGCUUAACGAAUGUAUAUAAAUUCCCACUCGAUAAUUUACAUCUACAAGACUCUUCAACUAUUAUUGAAUCGAGUGAGAUGCCAACAAAAUCUCAAUAUUUACGCAUAACCUAAAACAUGGCAGUACCCCAUAUAUAUCAUAGAUAUCUUAUAUACACUAGAUAGUGCAUCUAAUUAUUCUACAUUUCAAAAAUUGAAGCCGUGAUUGCAGACUCAGGAUAUUUCCAUGAAAUGAGAAGACUCGUAUGUUUUCUAUUUCUUAAACAGGGAACUUAAACAUUAAGUUAAACCUAUUCCAAAUACAUUUUUAAACUAUUCAAAUGAUGAAAGUUAUUGUUGUUUUUUAACUCACUUUUAAGCGUUUAUCAGUGAGUGGGAAACUCCAAUAUGGCCGCCAUCUAUUCAAAUGGGGGUAACCGCUGGAAUAUUCUUGGCUUCAAUUUUACUACAAGAAAUGCGCUAUCUAGUGUAUAUAAGAUAUCUAUGAUAUAUACAUGAACUUGUGGUUAGAGCUCGACAACUGGCCUCUGUAGCUCAGUUGGUUAGAGCGCUGCACCGGAAUCGCAGGGCCGAAGGUUCGAUUCCUGCCAGGGACCUGUAGUUGCAUUUUUCGCAGCUGUUCCUGGUUAGGUCUAAUAAAUGUAUAUAUAUUUCCACUCAAUAAUUUCCAUCUAUAAGAUCCUUCAACUAUGAUUAAUUCGAGUGAGAUGCCAACAAAAUCUCUAUAAAAGCUUGAACGUCCCAUCCAUGCAGAUUUUUCUUUGACGAGUAAAAUCGUCUCUAUAGUUUGGUACUUGUCAGAGUAAAAUAUUGGGUUUUAAGAGGGAGUGAGUAAAACGAAGAGACGGGGGAUCAACUAAAAAUAGUUGUUUUGUUUAGAAAUAUAUGAUAACCAUGCAUUUUGUGCAAGAGUUUGAAAAACACUGUCGCUCACAAGAAAAUAUCAAACAACUUCGAAAUCAUCCGUCAUACAACUCGUUUAUUUCAAGAUGGAGUCUGCCAGUUUAUUUUCAAAUAAGGUAACAUGACCUUGAUCCUUAUCCAGGAGUUGUUGCCAUAGCAACAGACCAUUAGAAAAUUCAAGGGGGGGGGGAGUGAAGGGGAGGGGGGAAGUUUCUGCCAUGCAUGGAUUUUUACGGUUCGCUUGGCGUGCACUUUUUCAGAAAUAUUAUGCUUGUAUCGAUUUUUUCUGUUUUCCCUCCCCCCCCCCACACACUUUUUAAUGGCCCGCCCUAAUCUUACUCCAAUCCUUUAAUCCAGCCUAAUCAUCAACGAGACCAUAAUCCUGCCUAUACCCAUUUUGUAGAUUUCAAGAAAUUGCUGGAAAAUUUGAAACUUCAAUGCUGACACCAUGUACAAUUAGUGAAGGUGAUAUACAGUACAUUGUUUAUUGGAGAAAGCUUUCGUAUAAGCCCCUUCAUUAGUGAAAAUAAUGCAAGACCAGACAUCAAACCUGACGUCCUCUGCUUCCUCUACAAACCAAGGUUGAUACUUAUAGGAGCAUGCGUUCUGAUAUAGAAGUCCACUGACCACCAUGCAGGGGUUGAAAUGAGCAGGCGCCAGUAGGCAAUUCCAGCUUUUAAUUUAUGCGCGCAGGGGGUGAUGGGAAGUAAAGUAUCAUAUUGCUGAUCAUGCUUAAAAAUUUCAAUAAAAACUGCCGAAACAACCGAAAUAUUUCAAUAUUUACAAAUAUAAGAUAUCAACUCCGUGUUUACACGGCCGCCAUUUUUAUUUUUUCAACAUAAUCGGUUAUCGUUCCAUGUUUCGCGCACCAACAUAAUUUAGGGUUAGGUAUUAGGGUUAGGUUAGUUAGGUUAGGUUAGGGUUAGGUUUAAGGUUAGGGAUAGGGUUAGGGUGUGUAUAUAUGUAUAUGGAGGUAUCCAGUUAACUUUUCAGUACACUAUAAUAUCCAUUACAUAACGUUUACUAUAUUGGUGCGCGAAACAUGGAACGAUUACCACAUAAUCAGCAACAGGGUACCUUACUUCCCAUCACCCCCUGCACGCAUAAACUAAAAGUUGGAAUUGCCUAUAGUAUUGUGACCAAAUUUUCCAUCUGGCAACCAGAUCUUUGCCAAAAUAACCCACGUGGCGACUGAGAAAAUCUUAAAAUAAUAAAGUGAUUCUAAAGCCCUAAAAUAUCUCUUUGAUCAAGAAUUUUAUUCUGCUUGUGCAUAUAAUUUGCCAACAUAUUAAACAACUGGGUUUUUUUAUGUUAUCUGUAUACAAAGAGAAUACUUCAUAACCCUUUGAUAGUUUGAUUUAGAGAGACCUGAUAUUAAAUUUGUCGACCAGAUUUUAUACACUGGUACCACUUGGGCGACUAAAAAUACACUGGUACCACUUGGGCGCCUUUUGUAUUGCAGGUAUGCCCGUAUAUUAUGCCCAGGGUGUUGGUAUAUAAGCCGAAUAAGGGCCCUGAUUACGCCACACUAAGAAAUACGCAAUUUUGUAUGACGUCACUUGCAAGGGCUGAAUAUACGCGUUAUCUUUUUGUAGGUGAUGCCCCUUUAUACGUCAACGUUACACAACAAUUUUGGGAUUGUGUGGAGAGAUGUUGGCACGAAAAUGUUUUCAUCUCAGCACUAUGUCAUCGCUUUUGGAAACUUUUAUUACAGGUUAUGGUUUACAUCAUGUAAAAUUUCGCAAACGAAACGCACUAUGAAGCAUGACUCUCACGCGGAACUUGAAUAAAACAGGGUGCGAUAAUUCAAGAUUUUUAGUUGUACCUCAGGACUGGUGCUCCAAUGAUUAUUGCCGCGUACACACGUAAAAACGCACAAGUUGUAACAAACCGGUUUCAACAACUUGUCAACAGGAUGUGUUCGCACUGCUUGUUCCCAGUUUAUUGACAGGUUGUCAACAGCUUGUUGACAACUUGCUACAAAGACUUGUUACAACAAUUUGGCACGAUAGGGGUGGCCGUAUCGGAAGAUAAUACGGCCAAAAAUCCUUACUGCUGAGGGGUGGUCGUAUUGGGAAAAAAAUUAUCGCACCCUAAUGGACACUACAAUCGGUCUGCCAGUUGAGAUUGGCUAGCAAUCCCAAGAUCACCAGAUCAAACCCUGGGUAGGGCGCUUUCCAUUUACUGGUCUGACCGGUCAGACCCGAAUUCUUUUCUCUGUAUCAAUGGAAAGAUCUGGUCUAUGUUUCUCAAAUAUCUAGCGAAAAUGGACCUCAUUCUAAUGUUAUCAAAAUUUUCCAGUCAGAUAGAUCCGAAGCCCAAAUGUUUUGUGUUUCAUUCAACAAUUUGAACGUUCUGACCGGUUUGGCCAUGUUAAAGGAAAGCGCCCUAGGACUCAUCAGUCAUUCCUUAUGUUAACCAUGUUCAAACAAAAAUAAUUACGAAACAAACACGAAAAUAACAUAACGACUUUAUUUUCUUAGCUCAUUGCGCGACUUUCCAAAUGGCUUUCAGAAUUAAAACUACAACAAGAGGUAUAUCCAUUGAUUUUCAAUCAACUUGACUAUAAGGAUAUUUAGAAAACUCAGCAUAUAACGUUACGCCUACCUUUCAGAAGCCUGUUCUUGCCAGUAGUAAAUCUUCCAGUGCUGGGCCAACGUCAGCUCAAGAAUCCGAAACUACUACAGGACUGGGUUCAAAUGAUGGUAGUCACGUGACCGUCUCACAGCUUGUUCAUAUUUUUGCCGAUGUUUUUCACAUUCUGAAACAGGUAUACCAAUAUAAGGACAGGGCCAUCACUAAAACUUCAACUAAACUACAUAUUUUCUGGGUAGCUCUGUCAGUUCUACAUUGUUCUCCCUAGAGGUGCAGAAAGGAUCAUCUCUUAUUGAUCCGGUGUUACUACAGAAGGAAACCUUAAAUAAACUAACUUCAUUUAUACUGGGUAGCUCUAUGAGUUCUAGAAACUGUCUCCCUAGAGGUGCAGAAAGGAUCAUCUCUUAUUGAUCCGGUGUUACUACAGGAGGAAACCUAAACUAACUUCAAUUAGUUGCGAGGGAUGAACCAGGCGGGAAUCGUAAUCUAAUAAAUAUCAAUGCCCAGCAUAAUGUCCGUAUAAUAAUAGCCAUUACAAAUCAUGCAUAUAUAACUUUGUAAUUUUACAUCAUUCUUUACUUUGAAGAUGUCUUAAGUGCAAGACGAAACGUUAGUUCUGUAAAUAAUUAAAUUUAUGAAAAUUUCUCUUUGUUAUGGCUAUUAUUAUACGGACAUUAUGCUGGGCAUUGAUAUUUAUUAUUAGAUAACUUCAAUUACACUGGGUAGCUCUAUCAGUUCCAGAAACUGUUCUCCCUAUACUGAGAAGUGACGUAAAUUCACGUUUUCCGGCGUUGGGGAAAGCCUCCUGAAUUUCCGACAAAACCAGACAAGGUGGGUACGCAAAGUACUAAAAGUGGGUACGUAAGAGCUAUUUAACAGUUAUUCUACGAACUCGAGUCGAAUAUGAGCUGAUAGCCGAUGAGGCGCGUAGCGCCGAAUCGGCUAUCGCUCAUAUUCGACGAGAGUGAGUGGAAUAACUGUUUUAUUAUAUACACAAGGUCUGAAUUCACAGACUUUGCUUUUCGGAUAUUUUCAAUAUUUUUCUAUUUUGUUAUGUUUUUAUCUUCGCUCUUUCGGCCGAUUAUUUCUUCAAAAAUAUAUAUUAUUAACCAUUUUAAAUUUUAAAAAUUCAUUUUCUAACCUGUAAACAAUUUGUUCGAGUUUUUUCAUUGUGUUUUUAAUCCUGUAAAGGCUAUAAAAAGCGAACAACUUGCCGUUUUCUCGUUCGCAAAAAUCGGAAAUUCAGUUUGAGCCGCCAUUUUGUUUUUCUCUACUAGUAGGAUAUGAGCUAAUAUCCUGCUAGUAGAGAACCAAUCAGAUUGCAGAAUACCUCAUAUCCAGACCUUGUGUAUAUAAUAAUACCUAUUAUUCCCGGCACUGGAGUACCACAAAAAACCUGUGGUGUUUGGUACAGUCAAACUGGAAGGACUCUUCUCCCAUGCAACUGAGGUAAAAUCAUAAUCAGACCACUAGACAAUCGAAUCCUACGGCUCACAGAAGUGGAAGGCUCGUGCACUUCCGAAAACUUAUUCGCCAUUACUACAAGUGUUUUUUUUUUCUUCAGAUUCCUGACCUAUGGAAACAUAUAAUCUUGCCAAAACUACCUCCAGAAAUAACAUCACAAGAAAAAGACAAUUUAAAAGGUAUUAUUCAGCGACACAAAAUUACUUUGCAGCAAACGACUAAUAGUAAGUAUACUACCUACACUGGACCACCACGUUUAAGAUAUCUUAACGGGUAGUUCAGACACAAACCACGACAACGUAUUGUAGAAUACUACCUACACUGGACCACCACGUUUGACAUAUUCGAACAGUUUACACUCUUCUCUACAUAGAUAUAUUAUUAAACAAACGCUGUAGUGAUCUCCAAGAGAAACUACCACACCUAUCGUCACUUCUUGUGGAUAACAUUAGCAAACUGAGCGCAAACUGUCUGGAUGGAGCGAAGAAUAUCCCCAGACUCUACAGGAGAACAAACCGAGAGGUAGGAACACAACCACAGAAACAGAGGUCUCACUUCUGCGGGAGAACCGUAAGGUAGUUUUUACCAAAAUGGCUGGCGGCCAUGUUCUUAGCAAGUGCCUUAAAGAAAGGCAUUCACCCCCCUGGAACAUUAAAUUUGAAACAAGUUGUUAUCAAAUCUGUCACAGCAACCAGAAACAAGCAGUGCGAACAUAACUUGUCGACAGCUUGUGAAGACAGAUUUGAUAACAACUUGUUUGCAUGCAGACCUGUAACAACUUGUGCGUUUUCACGUGUAUAUGACAAACCUCUGUCAAAAACUACGCCACGAGGCAAGACUAUUUACAAAUUAAUAUUUAUUUUAAAUCGUUCUCAUUCAAGGCACCUGUCACACCGUCACCGUACAUAACAAAUUUAAUCGACCCAAUAAGAGCUUUCAAAAUAAACAACGCUAAAAUUGUCAGCGAAGAACAGUUACUGGAAUGGUCUGUGGCAAUAUCGGAAAGUGUUUCUGAAAAGUAGGUGUACACUUUUACUCAAGGGAUCUUGAAGAGCACCCGAAGAUUAAAAUAGAAUCGAGCUCUAAGCGCAAGUUCGUGUAACUAACUUUGUCAUCACCUUGGUAUACAUGCAGGGCGUAUCAAAAUAAACGCAAUUCAUCUUUUGUGCUUAAUAACUUUCGAAAUACUAUUUCUAGUUAAACGCUUUUAGGCUUACUUCAAAGCCUGUUCUUUUCUCUUUCAAACAAACUAUUAUCCUUGUCUCCAAUGCUAGUAAUAAUUGCACAGGAAAAGAUUUAGUAAAACCUAUCAUUUUUAGUUGCUGUUUAAUUAUGCAAGUUUACUAUGUUAUUGUUUAGUCGGUUUAAAUGUUAGAAUUUUCUUCUUUAAACUUCAAUGUUGUCGUCACUACAUCUGGAAAACCACGUAAGAACAAAUUAAAAGUAUUUAUAGCAAGUUGAUGUCAGUCAGCUUAGAUGGUCCAAGCCAAAAUUAUAUCGCAUUUGAAGUUUCAAACUGAGUUAAAAAUAGUGGAAGAAAAGCCGUAAUUAUACUUAUUGUUACAAUCCAUUUAAUAAAAUGCAACAUUUUUUGUUUUAAUGAAAAAAUCAGUUAUUUUCAUGAGAACGAUUUGUUAUUCCAUAUCUCAAUUUUUUUAAUCUCCAAUCGCAAUAACGUAAAGUAUUAUUACCCGCGAACCAAUGAGUCAAAUUUAAGAAACAACCCACUGUUAGAAAGCUGAAUGGCUACGCUUUAAAAUGAAUGUAAUCUUUAACGUUUUCGUCUAUUAUUUGUUUAGCAAUUUACAUUUCAGUCGAGGUUGCGCUUUUUUUGAUACACCCUGUAUAUACAUGAACUUGUGGUUAGAACUCGACAACUGGACUCUGUAGCUCAGAGCGCUGCACCGGAAUCGCAGGGCCGCAAAUUCGAUUCCUGCCAGAGGGGCUAUGGUUGCAUUUUUCGCAAAUGCCUCUGGUUCAGUUUAUUAGGUUAGGUCCAUUAAAUGAACGUAUAAAAAAUUCAUAGUCAAAAUUUCCAUCUACAAAACUCUUAACAAUGGAUUCUUUUUAUCCGCCAACUUUCUCACCACCAAGACCGGAUUUUGGUGGAAAUAGUGGAGGAGGUGGAAAAAAAUUUAGGGGAGGUGCAGCGGUCUAGCUCACGACCCCCAUGGAAAAGUUAGAGCUUAGAGCGAGCCAAAGUCAACGACAUGACGUAUGCAUGUAGUGUACAUACAUAUAUAUCUGAGUGUAUUAAUGAAUUAGGGACCGAUCAUUAUUUAUGGCAGGGAGGUGGCACCGAAGAGAAAAGGGUUGGGUAAACUAAAUUUUGAGUAAGUAAAAGGUUGGGUAAAUAAAAAACAAAAUAACUCAAGGGUUGGGUAAUAAAAAAUUAUUGUCAUUUCCAAAGCAUGACUCGCUAAAAUAUUGGAGACUGAAAAGCAAUGUUAAGAGGGCCUCUCAGUAAAAUCCACCCACUGGUUUGGGGAAGGGAAAAUAGAUUUAGCUCAUAUUUGGCAUAUGAACUAGACUUUGGUCAAUAUUAAUCGAGCUUCUUUCAGAACGUUUCAACUUACUGUUUUAUAGGAGUUAUAGCCAUGUUAAAAUUUGACCUUGCGAGAAUAUUUUCAGACCGGAAAUGAAGGGGAAUUUUACAAGAAUUCAUCUGAUUUUUUAAAAACUUUGUGAUGCGUUUAUCCCCUCCAGUUACUGUUCACAUGCAAGAUUAACACUAAUACUCUCGUUUACAUGGAGAUUGAACAACUUUAUUUGCUUAAUACGAUUUUUUUUAUAGUUUUACGAAACUAUGUUUUCAAGAUGGCGACGAGAGGCUGAAAAUUGCUCAUAUUUUACUUAAAAUAGCUCAAAAGUGGCACCUAUCUGAAGUUCAAAAGGCAUGUAAUUUGAAAGUAUACCUACUAAAGUUAAGUAAUCAGGAAUCAGUAGCGGCGCCAGGGGGGGGGCAAGGGGGGGCAAAUGCCCCCCCAAAAUUAUUUUUUGCCCCCCCAUUUUGCCCCCCCUCAAAAAAAAUUAUUAGUCACUAAGAGCGACUAAAGGCUACACAAGCGUUCUGUCGUUAUCGGAAAAUGUAUGGCUUAUAAGUUGUCAUUACUCAUUAGUGAAUGCGCGUAUACAUGAAACUGUUUUUUACAGUUUCAAUAUUAGUUUGUAAAUCUCUGAAUGGUAAAACUUGCCAAUACUUCAAUAAUACGUUUAAAAAAAAAAGACAAAAAAGCUUUAGUUUUGCAGAGUUAAAUUCUCAAACGUGUAAGGCAAUAAUAAGAUGAAAGUAUCACGAAAUUAUUUGAAUAAACCACAUCGCAUAUAUGGGGGGCGAAUGUCCUAAAAAGGGGCGAUAUUCCUAGGGUAUUCGCCCCACCCCCUGGGAGGCGAUAUUCCUAGGAUAUUCGCCCCCGGGGGCAAUAUUCCUAGGAAUAUCGCCACGUUUUGAGGGGGCGAAUUUCCUGGGGGGAGCGACCUUUUUAAAAAUUCUAUCUUGCCCCCCCAAAAUUUGAGUUUGCCCCUCAAAUGCCCCCCCAAAUUUGGAAGCCUGGCGCCGCCACUGUCAGGAAUAAAACUCGUCUGCAAGCAAUUUUCUGAAAAGUUAUAAAUCUCCAAAUUGGGUCUAUUUUUAGCUGUUUGUUUACAUUCGCGUGUUCGCUGACAACGACACUAGUAAGAAUUAAAAAGUUAAAUAAGCUGGUUUAUUAUCCAGGUUGUAAUUCACAACAUAAAAACAUUAAAAAUACAACCUUAACCAUUCUUGGCUUAUUCGCAUGAAUAAUUUCACAACUGUUAAAUAUCUUUUUAAGGUAUAAUCGGGCAGUACUUUCUGUGGUUGUAGCAAAUUUCAAAGCUGUCAGUAUCUCUGCCUCUCUGGCUGUAUAUAAAAAGUGUUCGGUUCUUUAACUUUUUUAUUCAACUCGUCUCGUAAUCUAAUAAAUGGAAAUUUUGCCGGAAAGGUCGGACAUUAAUUCUUGCAGCAUGGAUGCAACAUAUUUUUUUACAUAAUUGCAGUCAAAAUACUACAACCUUCCCACUUCCGCUUUUGUAGUCUGUUGUCAUUUACUAUUUUGUUUUGACUUUUGCAUUAUUGUAGCGGUUGCCAAAUUAUGGAGAAAUAUGGCGAUAAAAUUUAGUUGUUUUUUAUUUUUGUAAUAUUUUAAAUAAUUGUAACAAAGGAUGCAUUUUUCGUUUGAUUCACUGCAUAUGAACACAUAAAAGUUUCGAAAUUUAACUUAUGUCGUCGUAUUUCCCUAUAAUUUGUUAACCGCUACAUAACAGAAAUACUGCAGUAAGAGGCAGAGAUUUUCAAAAAUAUAGUUUUUAAAAAAGUUUUAAAAGAGUUUUAAAAAGCAAAAAAGUUUAAAAAGUUUUUUAACGGGGGUUAAAAAAGUUAAGAGUUAGGGAUUACUGGUUAGGAGUUAGGGGAUUAUAGUGGUUAGGGGUUCGUGCCGCGAAUUUAUUAUUAUGAUAAAUUCAAAAUUCAAAUUUUAUCGUAAUGAUAAUUUCGGACGUGUUUAAGAAUUUACUCAUAUAGUAAAUUCAAAGGUGGAGCUCAUGCUGAACUGCAACACUAGCUUGCCAGUUAUUUUUUAUAGCAGCUCCUAUUUUUACUUGGUGCAUGCUUGAGUCAUGGAAAAGAACUGUUCUUUUGCUGGCCUGGGGAAUUUUGCACGUCGGAGAAAGCCGGGGAAUACAGAAAGUUGCGCAAAUUGGGUAGUGUAAUGCAGACAUUUAGCCAGUAGACAAAUUUGGGUAACGUUGUUUACAUCGUUGCUACCCAAUUGACAGCUAUGGAGUAACUCACAUGCCUAGUUACUAUUAUUCUAGUUUACAGAAGCAUAGACUGAAUAGAACAAAAGUAACUAAACAUUAAACUUAUUUAUUAUCACUUUAUAUUUACUGAGAUCGAGGGAAACAGUGUGUUUUGUGGACUAGAGCAUCUUAUAGAUAGUAUAUAAGUGUUAAAGUAUGAAUAAUUCAUCAGUCGAUUAUUUGAGUGAGCUUAAUUUGAAACCAAAACUGGAUAAAUGGAACGCCGUAAAUAAAAAGUUUAAAAAAUGAACUUUGAAACUGCGCGGUUGACACACAUGCGUAUUGCACCCAUUUUAUUAUUAACUGGUCAAUAGAUGUUUCAUUGCGGACCGGAUGCCGAACAUGAGGUUUUGUGGACCGGCACGUGACACGGUUUUGACUAAUCGGCAAUUACCUUUGUUCUAUUUUAUGCUUUUGUAAUCUGGCUAGUUCCUCGGGUAGAGGAGAACUGAUCACGUGAUCGAUUAGUUGUGUUGUUUGUCGCGUCAGAUAUAACCCAAUCCUAUAUCUCUAAGCCUAAUCCUUAAUCUAACCCUUACCCUAACCCUUCCCUAACCCUAACCUCAACACUAUAAAUAACUGAUGACGUAAUCUGUGAUGCAAAUUCUUCUGCCUGAGGAAGUACCCCAUAGUGGCUAGGCAUGUGUGUUACAUAAAGUUGUGAAUUGGGUAUAAACAAACGUUACCCAAAUUUGUCUAAUCGAGCUAGACUUGAUUCAGUACACGCAUUUUCAUAAAAAUAGCAACCCUUCGGCUAAACUGGAUUCUGAUUAUCAUAUUGAGCGACAUCAAAAUCAUGGGAGUUUCUGCAAAGUGCAUUAAACCGAUAUUACCUGUAGCACUAUUUCAUGACCUAAACAUCGCAAAGAGACAGUUAUGUAAGUUUUCUACUCACAUUGGUCGUUCAGACAUGCACCUCCCCCCGUGGGAGCGGCAGUCAAGGUCAUAAUCAGGAGAUUAUGGUAUUGUGUCAAUGUAUUGACGAAGUUCUUAUUAUAUUACCAAUAUAUUAUUUAAUAACAUUAAAAUAUAUCAGGGUCAUAGACACCAGCAGAAUCGUUGUAACUGUACUACGGUAUAUAUAUUGAAAGUGUAUAAUUAGUGCAAGUGUAAGUUAAGUAUAAUGUAAAGCAAUUCGAAUUCAAGAAUGUUCUGUACACGAUCGCUUGUAUAUAUUGUAAUUAUAUUUUCACAAAAUUGUAUAUAUUCUUUUGAACAAGCUAAAAAAGUUUACUCAUGGGUAAUAAAUCAGCUUAUUUUAACUCUUCAAUUACUAGUGUCGCUGAUCAGCGAACACGCGAAUGUAAACAAACAGCUAAAAAUAGACACAAUUUGGAGAUUUAUAACUUUUCAGAAAAUUGCUUGCAGACGAGUUUUAUUCCUGAUUACUUAACUUUAGUAGGUAUACUUUCAAAUUACAUGCCUUUUGAACUUCAGAUAGGUGCCACUUUUGAGCUAUUUUAAGUAAAAUAUGAGCAAUUUUCAGCCUCUCGUCGCCAUCUUGAAAACAUAGUUUCGUAAAACUAUUAAAAAAUCGUAUUAAGCAAAUAAUGUUGUUCAAUCUCCAUGUAAACGAGAGUAUUAGUGUUAAUCUUGCAUGUGAACAGUAACUGGAGGGGAUAAACGCAUCACAACGUUUUUAAAAAAUCAGAUGAAUUCUUGUAAAAUUCCCCAUCAUUUCCGGUCUGAAAAUAUUCUCGCAAGGUCAAAUUUUAACAUGGCUAUAACUCUUAUAAAACAGAAAGUUGAAACGUUCUGAAAGAAGCUCGAUUAAUAUUGACCAAAGUCUAGUUCAUAUGUAAAAUAUGAGCUAAAUCUAUUUUCCCCUCCCCAAACCAGUGGGUGGAUUUUACUGAGAGGCCCUCUUAAGUUGUUAACAGUCAUAUGUCAAUACAAUAUGUGAAUGAAUCAGAGUCACUUUCUUGAUCAGAUUUUCCGAUUUGUUUGGAGACAAAUGGUGUCUCCAAAGAAAGUACAUGUGCAGACAACAUGACACUUUAGACUGCAGAAAAUUGCACAAUCCGUUAUCAAACUCGUGUCACAGAAGUUGGUAAAGGACAUGUGUAACAACUGAAUGGUAUCCUUUUGUAAAGGUUUUGGCCAGGGGUGGGUAUUUAUUUUUUAAUUGAUAUCUGAGGUUGGGUAAUCAAAUUUUUGACUUUUUAAUGGUUGGGUCAGCAAAAUUUUUGCCAGGAAAAACAUUUCUCUUCGGUGCCACCCCCACCAUAAAUAAUGACCCGUCCCUUAUGACUGUACAACUCAUCCAAUUUUGCCCUUCAUUACAAUUACUACAAAGUUUCUUUCAAAACAUUGCAUUAAAAGGGUACUUAACAAAGAGAUGAAUGGCUAUCACUGUUUCAAUUUUACAGAAAAACUUUUUCUAAGCAACAAAAAAGUCAAAUUUGGUCCAACAUUGAAACUUUCCCAAGGGGAGGUGCAUCACUUUUCAGGGGAGGUGCAAAACGAUCUUAGGGGAGGUGCGCGCCUCCUCAAAAUCCAGCCAUGCUCACCACAGCUGUUUACUUCAUUUGAAUUUGAAAGCCGUACACAUCACUUCUCCUCGUCUACAGAGAGGGUCCUGAAGGGGGGGUCCCAAUCCCAUUUCCCACCUGAAAUUUUGGCAAAAUCCCAGUCCCAGUUGGAUUUUUAUUAGAAAUCCCAGUCCGAGUUAUUGAAAUCCCAGUCAAUAAAAAAACGUUAUUUAUCGGUAGAAGAAACAGUUUUAAGACUUUUUAAGCCACCGUGUGUGCAAGUGGCGGACACUUUAUGAAAUAUUGGGGGCGGCUCGUGCCGAAGGCACGGAAAAUUUUAAAAUUUGAAUCCCGGAAAUGGCAUUUGCAGCAUUCUGAGACACGCAUAAUCAUAAAACCCAGAAUUCCGGGCGCCAGAGUAUGCCUGUUCGCAGAAAGUGCUGUGAAUAAUAUAGUUAACAACAAAAAUCAUGACCAAAGACACCAAAAACGGACCAAAAUUGUAUUUUAACUCAUUAAGCGGCAAUGCGCCCGAAUGCGCCCUGAGAUUGGCAAGGGGGUAAGCGGCAAUGCGCCCGAAUGCGCCCUAACAUGACUCCUUAACUUGCGGGCAUGAUAUUUGAGCACGUGUUUAUCCGGUUGCCUAGCAACGGAUACGAAAAUAGAACGUGAAAUUCGAGCUUUUCAACGGUGUAUCAUGCAAGAAAAUCGGCCAAAAACUCGCAAAGUUUUUCAAGUUUAAAACCUUAGUUUUUCAAAAAUAAUGAACAAUGGCGAAACUGUUGCAAAGAAUGGUUUUACAGCAAGUUUUAAAAGCGAAGAAAGAAGAGGUUUUUGAAUCAUUUACAACGAAAAUUUGGCAUGAAAGGAAAGCGAAUGUAUUGACGUUUUGGGGCCAAGUUCUUCUGUGAACCAUCCGCGAGAUUUUCAGCCAAAAAGACGAGGAUUUCUCCAAACUUUAUUAAAAAUAGAAGUCGGAAAUCACAAGAAAGAUGAACACGGAACUCAAGUGAGCAGAUACGAUAUUUUUAAGGGUAUUUUUGAGUAGAAAUAUGCGAUCAAAUACUCACAAAAUUCGACCGCAUUAAAGUUGGUUGAAUCUAGUUUAAAGUUAUCUUUUUAGACGAACUGUUUAUGCAAAUUUGGGCACAAUUUCGACUGUUUUCGUAACCCCAUUGUUGGUCUUCUUGUUCAAGUUGUUAUUUUAGCUAAAGUAUGUUUCAAACGACACCAGAUUAAAUUACUAUGUGCGUACGUGCCCUUUUUGGCAAGAAUACUUCGAGUAUUAAAUUACACUAAGUAAGUAGGAUACUCCAAAAUCACUGUUAUAUCUAUUUUCAUCAAUUUAGUCUUAAAACGACAACUCGUUUCAGACAUAUUGUGGUUUAAAAUAAGUGUAUUGAAUUAGUGCGCUUGCUGGCCGCGUGCGAAUUUUCAAAAAGUCUGCACUUGAGUUCUAAAGCUUUUAAAACGCUUUUUCUAUUGGGUUUUAUAUCCCCAUAAAACUUUAAAUCGAUAAAGCAGAUAAUAAUGUUGAUGCAACCUCAUUUUCUAGUAACUACACGUUGAAUCAGAAGGAAAAGUUAUCAAAAAUAGGUCGCGACCGUUGCUUGCAAAAUGCCACUUCUCUCUGAAAUGGCUUCCUUUGCGGGAAGCCAUGAAAUUGAAGUCCUAACAAAAACAUAGUUUAGCAGUUCUUUUGGGCCAAUAGCUCACUUAUUUAUCAUGAAAUCGCUUCAGUAGAACAUUUUUAAUAACGUCUAUGGAAAACUUUGUUAUUUUCUGAACUAAAAGUUUAUGGUUUUGAGGUGUUUAUUUUAUAAAAUAGCACGCGCGACAAAAUGGCACUAAUGUGGUUUCUCAUGUCUGACAAACAACCAAAGAUGAAAGUCCUUAUUUCACCCUUUUAUAGCUAUGUUGAAUACCUGACUAUUAGGUUAUCUUUUUCAUUUAUACAGAUAACAUUUCUACACAAUUAGUCCUUAUGAAAGCUUAUUUCAAACUAAAAAAAGCGAUUGUUUUUCAGAGCCAGACUUCAAAAGAGAACGCGUGUCUGACAUUUUAUAGCAGCCUACAUUGGCGCGCAAAAUAAUUUUGGCUAAAAACCGUUUCUUUCCAAACAGAAACAUGAGAAAAUUGAGCUAAAAGGCUUACCUGAUGUAUGUUUAAAAUGUUUUUCUCUUUAUGGUGUUUUUCAGUGCUUUGAGUAGAGAAGUGAAUAACUUUUGGUUUUGUCACCGCAAUUUGCCUUUGAAAAUGUCGGCUGUCAUUGUCUGUGUUAAAAACACCUCAGAAAAUUCCUAUUUUCUCACCUUCCCAUCCUUGGUUUAUAUUGAAAAUAAAUAAAUUCUAGUACCAUAUGUCCUUUUAAAUAUAUUUGAGGUAAUUUAAAACUCCAAAGAUGAACAAGCACUGUGUUUUGGCUUCCACAUUUUGUUGAAUUUGAACACUUAGUUACUGUUCUAAAUUUCAUGUUGUAAACAUCUUGCCCAAAAAAAGCAAAUGAGUAUUUUUUAUAAUUUUUUAUCGUUUUCUAAUUCAUAUCCCAAAAGAUGAAAAUUGGUUAUAAUAUAGAUAUGUACUAAUUUAGUAAAUGAUUUUUUUUUUGGUUUUUAUAUAAAUUUAUGGAGAUAUUGCCCCUUUAGGUGAUGAGUGACAUGAAAAACAGUGUCACUGCUUUACAAAUAAAAAUUCUCAUUGAAAAAACUAAUGAUAUAUGUAGGUAUGCAAAGUCAUUUAAACUAAAUUUGGUCAAUCAUAUAUCACUAAUGUUUGGUUGAAAAGAUCAGAUUUUUUUAUGCAACUGUUUCUGAGAUAUUGCCAUUUUGGUGAAAGCUCUUGAAUUCAAUCACAUAUUCGCCAUAUUGCUUGCGCCUUAGGCGGGUAGAAACAUUGUAACAGCUUGCCGCUGAGUUAAAAUACUUAAAACGUAGAAAAAUUGGGAAUUGACUCGCAUUACCUCAAUCCCAUUCCCAUUUUUGAGGACUUCAUUUCCCAUUCCCAGUGGCCAAAUCCCAGUCCCAGCAACCCAAAUCCCAUUUUCCCAGUCUAAAAAUAGAUCAAUCCCAGUUCCCAUUUUACCCCCUUCAGGGCCCUCUACAGAGUACUACAAAUUUUUCCUUCUCUCUUCGUGCAGGUUUUACAAUGUAACCUCAGAUGUGUUGACAUCGAUAAAAAGAACAGAGGACAGUUUAUUGAGAUUAAAACGAAUUAAAAAGAGUGACAAUCCAUCAGCGAAUCCCACGGCUGCUGAGGGAGGAAAAAUGACAGAUGAUGAUAAAAUUCGCUUGCAGUUUGCCUUGGAUACAGAAGAAUUUGGAAAACAGGUAUUGAACAAUAACUAACAUGGUGAGCUCAUCUACAUCUUUGACAAUUCUUGAAUGGAAGUCGGAGGGGGGGGGGGUGCCCAUACUUCUUUAAGAAGGAUAAAAUUAUUGUAUUUAUAUGUAUUUUUCUUUGUUUUUAGAUAUCAUCUCUUGGCAUAGCAGUUGACAAGGUUUCAUCAUACAAAAAACUGGUAUCUUUUGUAGAAAGCGCUAGAAAUUCAUCAAGUAAUAAUAGUGCAACAUAA